AUGGCUGGAUUGUGGCAGCAGCUCUGCUCUCUGUGGCAGGGUCGAGCUCUGGCUCUCCUCCACUUUAUCUGCUUUCUCUCCCCAGCCUUAGGUGUUCUUCCCUGGGAUACCGAAUCCGGCUCAUCCCCUCUGGAGGGGUUGGAGGUGGUGAAGGGGAAUUUCUCUCGGACUUUCCUCCGGGUUGGCUACCAUAAGAUUGCAGAGAUUCCUGCAGGAGCCGGCAACAUCAGCAUUCAGGAGACAAUAAAGAGCCGAAAUUAUUUGGCUCUGCAAACCCAAAGUGGCGUCUCCAUCAUCAAUGGAAACUGGGUGAUCGACAGGCCUGGCAUCUACACUGCUCUGGGAACUCAGCUGACAUACCGACGACCAAAUGAGAUCCGCUCUCGCAAUGGAGAGUCCAUCACUGCACCAGGACCGCUGACCGAGGACCUGCAUGUUUAUCUGAUCUAUCAGCAACCAGGCCCAAGUAUCUACUACGAGUACAGUCUGCCUUUAAAAACACACCCCACUGCUGAGCCAGAUAUACCUUCUGAUAUUCUGCCACUGGCAGGCCCAUCCUAUGCAGAUGACAGUUUGGACCAAGAUGACAUCAGCAACAAUGACAUCAUCAAGGAAACCCCCAAGCCCAACCAGGUUUCCCCCGAUUCCAGCGUGAACUCUGAGCCUCAGCCCGCCUACACCUGGACAAAGAGCGGAUACACAGAGUGCAGCACAACCUGUGGCACUGGAAAACGUCAGGUGUUCUGGCAGUGUGUUGAGCAGGAUUCCCAGGCGACUGUUCCUGCUGACCUUUGCGAUCCCGCCACUGGACCAACAAACCUGGAGGAGGACUGCAACAUCCAGUCCUGCCCUGCAUACUGGGAUGUGGGGGAGUGGUCCGAGUGCAGCAGGAGGUGUGGGCCUGGCACUCAGCAUCGCCAGGCCAUAUGCCGCCAGGUCACCCACGUCCAAGUCAAUGGGACGGAGACUGCGGUUACCGUGGCACCGGUGCUGUGCGGGUCGACUGAUAGACCGGUGACCAAGUCGACAUGCCAGCUGAAGAUCUGCAGUCAGUGGGAGAUAAGAUCUGAGUGGAGCCCUUGCUCAGUGCCAUGUGGAGUGGGCCAGCGCAGCAGGGAGGUGGUGUGUGUGAGCAACCUGGGUGAUGUGGAUGACGACCAGGAGUGCAACAUGAACCUAAAGCCUGACACUCUACAGAACUGUGAUAUGGGAGCCUGUGCACGCAGCUGGUUCACCUCCCUCUGGAGCCAGCGGUGUUCUGCAGAGUGUGGUAAAGGCAAUCAAACCAGGUCGGUAGUUUGCCUGAUGGAUCACGUGACGGAUCUCCCACUGGACAGCUGUGAAGGGGAACGCCCACCGGAGGGGACGUUAUGUGACUCAGGCCCCUGCCAAAACCGGCUGGAGUGGUAUACAGGACCGUGGGGCCAGUGUUCGACAGAGUGCGGGACUGGCACACAGACCCGGAGUUUGGCUUGCAUUUUCAUCAAUGAUGGUCAAAUGGAAGUUGUGGACCAGUUGAAAUGUUCCAGCCUUUCUCAGCCAAUCACAGCUCAGCCGUGCACACUGAAGCCGUGUGGCGUCCAGUGGUACAUCACAGAGUGGAGUUCGUGUUCACGCUCCUGCAACGGAGGCUACCGUGUACGUGAGGUUCGUUGUCUAACUGACAGCAUUGUCCCAAGCGACCGCUGUGACCCCAAUUCGAUGCCAGAGAGUCGAGAAGAAUGCAACAAACAACCCUGUCUAGCAGAAAUAGAUCCAUCAUGCAGCGAUCAGUAUCAUAACUGUGUGGUGGUGGUUCAAGCCCGACUCUGCAUUUAUCCGUACUACAGGAGUGUCUGCUGCGCCUCCUGCUCUCGUGCCCAGAAAACAUACCCCAACUCAUUUCAGAAAAACUACAUCCGCAGGUGAUACUGUCCCAGAAAGCUUAAAUUCACUUCAGGUCAUUCCUGGGAAAAAAACAGUACUGUGAUGUCGACAGCUAGCAUUAUUUGGAGGGUGCCUCAGUGUGAGAAUGUAGACUGUGAUUUUACGUUUAGUCAGCCAGCCUGCCACUGAUACAUAAACCGGGUAAUCAGCUACUUGUUUCUAUUCAAUCACAGAAUAAAUACUGUUAUUCAAUUAAGAUCUUGGUGAAUCGGACACCAAAUUGAAUAAAAACCUCAUGACAACACAUGCAUCCACACAAACUUUUAUGGGAAUUUCAUUAUGAUCAAAUCUACAUUUUCAUUAAUAUUGUACCUUUAAACUGGACUGGUCACACUGGGUGAUGUACUUUUAUAUUUAUUCUUAAUAAAGGCUGUAUAACUUCUGGUA